AACGCCGUAGCGCGGGGAAUUUCGAGUAGCGGUGGAGCGCCGGAGGCCAGUGGGUGCGGGACCCCACUCACCCUACCUAGGGCAGACCAUGGACUCCUUAGUCGAGCCUCGGUGGCCUCCAAGUCUGGCAGUCAUGAAGACAAUAGAUGAUUUGCUGCGGUGUGGAAUUUGCUUUGAAUAUUUCAACAUUGCAAUGAUGAUUCCUCAGUGUUCACAUAACUACUGUUCUCUUUGUAUAAGAAAAUUCCUGUCCUAUAAAACACAAUGUCCAACUUGUUGUGUGACAGUCACAGAGCCGGACCUAAAAAAUAACCGCAUAUUAGAUGAACUGGUAAAAAGCUUGAAUUUUGCACGGAAUCAUCUUUUGCAGUUUGCCUUGGAGUCACCACCCAUAUCUCCUGCUUCCUCCUCUUCAAAGAACCUUGCUGCCAAAGCACACACUCCUGUAGCCUUCAGACAUUCUUUAAAGCAAGGAAGCAGGUUAAUGGAAAAUUUCUUGAUCAGAGAAACUGGUGGUUCUACAUCAGAGUUGUUGAUAAAAGAGAAUGAGAUUAAAUUCAUCCCUCAGAAAGAGGUGAGCACUUCUUCAAAGACCAAGGAGACACCUUCCAUAGAAAAGGCAGCUCCGUGUUCCUUAGGUGGUCAUGUUCCUGAGACACCCUCUACAUCAACUUUGAAACAGGUGAUGAAAGUGGAUUGUCCUGUUUGCGGGGUUAAUAUUCCAGAAAAUCACAUUAAUAAGCACUUAGACAGCUGUUUAACACGUGAGGAGAAGAAGGAAAGCCUCAGAAGUUCUGUUCACAAAAGGAAGCCUCUGCCCAAAACUGUAUAUAACUUGCUCUCAGAUCGUGAUUUAAAGAAAAAACUAAAAGAGCAUGGACUAUCUGUUCAAGGAAAUAAACAACAGCUCAUUAAAAGGCACCAAGAAUUUGUACACAUGUACAAUGCCCAGUGUGAUGCUUUGGAUCCUAAAUCAGCUGCUGAAAUAGUUCAAGAAAUUGAAAAUAUGGAGAAGACUAGAAUGCGUCUUGAAGCUAGUAAACUCAAUGAAAGUAUAAUGGUUUUUACAAAGGACCAAACAGAAAAGGAAAUAGAUGAAAUUCACAGUAAAUAUCGUAAAAAACAUCAGAAUGAAUUUCGGCUUCUGGUGGAUCAGGCCAAAAAAGGAUACAAGAGAACUGUUGAAAUAUCAAAAAAAAAAGUAACAAAAGAAGAAGAUGGAUCUACAGAAAAGCUAUUACCUAUUUGUGUGGAACAGGAAGAUAAAAAAGUUAAAUUCUCAGAUACUUCCCCCAUAACAAACCACUUCUCUCAAUCAAAGCUGGAAUCCCCAGGGAGAAUGGAGCCUGAUAGACCAGAUGAUUCUUUCAGUUGUACUGAUAUUCAAGAAGAAGCUCUUUCUUCAUCAGAAUCAGACUCAUUCAAUAGUUCCAGUUCGGAUAUCAUAAGAGAUCUUCUAGAAGAAGAGGAAGCCUGGGAAGCAUCACAUAGAAGUGAUCUUCAAGACACAGAAAUGAGUCCAAGACAGAAUCGUCGUACCAGAUCAGCAGAGGGUGCUGAGACUGAGCCGAGAAAUAAGCGGAAUAGGAAUUAGUGAGGGCUUUGCUGACCUUUCCAGUGUGGUGAUUGGAGUGUGGCACUUUGGGUUGCCGCAUAGACUUCAUAUUCAUAAAUGCCCAAGUGUCGACUUCUCAAUAUGAUAGUUAGCUGAUUUUCAUACGUUUUGCCUUUCCUGGGAAAAAUAAGUUCUAAAACACCCUCACUUGGUCAAUUACUCACUGUCUCUAAAGCACCUCUGUCUAAAAAUAUUGACAUCUGCAUGUCUGCCUACGUUGCAGAGUACACAGAGAUCUUGACAAAGAGUUUUGUGUGGUUUUGUUUCUGAAUUUCAGGAUAUCCUUAAAGCAUUCUCCUCUUCCAUGUAGAAAUUAACUUGAGAAAAGGGUUCUUUUCAACCUCUCUCACAAGGAACAGCUGAGGAGUUAAGAGCCUUUGUAUUUCUGGAAAGGCAGCACCACUUUGGUGCUUAUCAGCCCCUGAUGCCCAGAUGCCAGCAUGCCUGUCACAGCAGUUAUGUGAUGGUCAUUGCCCGAGUUUUUAAUGUAGUCAUUUGUCACUUGGAGUAGGAUGUUGGUAUUGAAACUAAAAGUCACAAACACUAACUUUGAAACAUUGGGCAUAUUCUUUGGAAAUGGCACUUCAAAAUGAUAUUAGUCUUUUUUUUCCUUUUUCACUUGGGUAAAUCAGAUAUUUACUACUCUGACUCCAAGCUGUUAAACAAAAAGAAUGCAAUAAAUGAAUUUGAAAAUGAA